AUGCAAGACGAAGAACGAUAUAAGAGACAUCUUCGUCUCUUAAAAAACAUUGAAAUCAGCGAUAAUAUUCAUUCGGCCGUAGCAAACGAAGUACUUAAGGAUCCCGAUGGGUUCUCGCGCCGUACGCGUGGCGGUUCUCCAUCUCGAUACGUGAUCAAAAAAGGCAAUAAUGAGAAGUUUCAUUCGAACGCCAUAACUUCCAGGAUUACCAAACCUGAGAAGCCCCCGCAUUGGCACAAUUGGAAAUUACCUAGUCGGGCUAGUGAGGCUAACAGUUUGAGUCCUUUUGUCACGUUCGAAACUGAUUCCGAAAUACAAGACUCUUACAACAGAUACGUUUUCAAGCUUCGGUACGAACCCAAAAAGCUGUUCAAUUUCGAGAACUUGAUCAAGAAUAGCAAUACUCAGCGAGAGCACUACAAUUAUGACUUUAUAGCCCACGAGACUGGAAGUCAAACAGACACCCUCGACAAUGAGUUGCCUAUCCCUUAUCGCGGCGCAAUCGCCGAGAAAAAAGAUUACUCAACUCAGCGGACGAUACCGUCUCUAAAAGAUAGAGAGUUUUUCGCCCAAUUGCUGGCCGACGCUGAUUCAGCGAGCUUUUACAAUGGUAAUACUUUAUUAGGAUUUACUGAGAAAGAGGAUGCAGAUCUUACCCGAUACAAGAAGCAUAAGCAAUCGAGAGCCGCUAGCAAGAUCCAAUACAUUCACUUCAGGGAUCACGAAAUUAGGACUUGGUAUACGGCGCCCUACCCUGAAGAAUUCAAUAAUAAUAAAAUUCUUUACAUCUGCGAGUACUGCCUCAAAUACAUGAAUUCAAGAUAUGUGUUCUACAGGCAUCAGAAAAAGUGUUGCAUGCGUCGUCCUCCGGGAAACGAAAUUUAUCGUGACGGAAACAUCUCAAUUUGGGAAGUUGAUGGCCGAGAAAAUGUCAUAUAUUGCCAAAAUCUGUGCUUACUUGCCAAACUUUUUCUCAAUUCAAAGACCUUGUAUUACGACGUCGAGCCAUUUAUAUUCUACAUUCUGACAGAACGAGUCGAUACUACAUCGGGCCCGAGGUUCUACUUUGUGGGUUAUUUUUCGAAAGAGAAAUUGACUUCAACGGAUUAUAAUCUCAGUUGCAUCAUAACUUUGCCGAUAUUUCAAAGAAAGGGUUAUGGUCAUUUGCUUGUUGAUUUCUCCUACCUUUUAUCUCGCAGAGAAUACAAAUGGGGCACGCCCGAGAAACCUUUAUCAGAUCUCGGGCUGCUUUCAUACCGCAAUUUUUGGAAAAUAAAGAUGUGCGAGACGCUUCUAUUUCUAAAACCGAGAAUGAAAAUUGCAGAGGAUGCAGGCAAAACUCUGCAAGUUAGUAUAGAAGAUUUCUCUAAUCUGACAGGCAUGGCUCCUACGGAUAUCAUUUUCGGUCUAGAGCAGGCAGGUGUGUUGUACUAUUUUCAAAAACAGGAGGAGAAGUGCUACUUGAUCAAUGUUGGUAAUUGGGACGUGAUCGAGAAGAUAUAUGGAUCUUGGAGGGCAAAAAAUAAAGCACAAAUUAAGCCAGAGAAGCUGGUCUGGAAGCCCAUGAUCUUUGGUCCAUCUUGUGGCAUCAAUGCGAUUGGGACUAUGGUUGAAACCACGACAGGUGCCAUCAAAUCGACUGCAAAAUCUGAGCAAGGAAACAAGUAUGACAUGUUCAAAAACAGCAUAUCUUUACUGGUAAAUUUCAUGCGUGAUGAUAUAGUGGAUCCAAGAAGCAUGGAGGAAACAUGUAGUCAGAAAAUCUAUCAGCAGGAGACUUCGAGUUCUGUGCAUGUUGAUGCGCAUGACGUUAAACUAGCAUAUGAGCUACCGGGUCGACGUCCCUCGAGAUAUCUCAGUAUGAAGAGACUAAAUGAAAUUAAUGGAGGCAGUAAAGGUACUAGUUCUAAGAAGUUAGCUGGCACUUCUCCGGUAAUGGAAUCAACAAGUGAAAUCGAAGCUCCAACCGCUUCCAAGCCUGUUGUAUCUGGAGGGUUCGAAAUCAACGUGUCGCCUGAAUCUUCGGAACUAGAGAAAGACAUUGAGGACACCGACGCGGGCGUCCAAGAUGAUGGUGGGCUUGGUGAAGAACCUGAUUACAUAGAAAACUCGUCGGAGGACUCAGUAGCGGAAAUCUCGGAUAAUGACGGUUUGACCGAUUCGAGGGAGGAGGAGGUAAUAAAAAGCCACACGAGAAGUGGACGGCAAUUAAGGAGGCCUCGAUUUACUGAACAAGUAAGUUAUGACGGCGAAACCACAAGCGUUAGGCCCUCUCGCAGGCUGCGUAGCAUGAGUGGAUAUUAA